GGGCUCACCCUCCAAGCCUCCCCUCCUUCUUCCUCCAUGAUGAGGACGAUCGCUGGUGUAGCAACCACCGUGGGUCGCCUUGUGGCUCCUUGCGCGCUCGCAGGGCCAUCAAGAUCAGCAUAUCCUCCUCUGGCACCCUCGAUACCACCAUCUCCGCUGCGACUUACACCGCCGAGACAUCUGUCCACCGGCCCGCAACGACACGAUGAAGAGCAACGCAAGCCCUCGAUCCCCUCUUCACCUCCUCCCAAUGCUCUCACCUCUCACAUUACCACUCUAACUAAUAGGCUUCGCACCUCUCUCACAACACAUCGAUCCCGACUCGAGCCCCGUAUACGCUCCUCCUUCUCCAACCUCUCAGAUCGGUGGAACACCUACAGCGGCUACGCUUCCAUCGAUCUAGCCAAGCAACGAGUGCACGAAGCAGAGCAGCGCCUUGCAUCACUCCGUUCUGAUCAACAACAAGUCCGGGAGCGAUAUGUCUCUGCGGUCUCGCAGCGUGCCUCUUCACAGCGAACGAUCAACGACCUCCUCUCCCGGAAAAGCUCAUGGAGUGACGAAGACCUCGUCUCCUACACCAAACUGCUGCGCAGUGAGCAUGCAGAAAGCAGGGCAGAGGAAGAGGCGCGCGCUGAGUUCGAGGAGGCAGAAAGGAGGGUGGGAAAAGGGUGGGACGAGGUUGUGAAGCGGACGUUGGAGCGAUACCAUGAUGAGCAGGUUUGGUCCGAUCGAGUGAGGGAGGUCAGCAGCUACACGCAGCUUGCUGCAGUGGGUCUCAAUAUCCUCAUCUUCCUCAUCGCCAUCUUCCUCGUUGAGCCAUUCAAGCGCCGCAAGCUCGCCGAAACAUUUGAGACUCGUCUUCUUCGGGGGGAGGAGCAAGGCCGUCUGGCGCUCGAAGGAGUGAUAGCGCAGUUCGAGCAGAGAGUGGGAGAGGUGUCGGAGAAGUUGGUGAAGCUUGAUGGUGGGCAAGAGACUUUGCUGGCGGCUGCUGGUGCUGGUUCAAGGAAAGGCACGAGGGAGGAAAGAAUGGAUACGAAGGGGAGUGCUACAGUUGUAGCUGCUGCGGACGAUGGGCAGGUCACAGUGGAGGGAGCUCUCGAAGGGGAAGAUGUGCUGAGUCGAGCUCGUCGUCAGAUACGAUGGCUCCAUACACCGCGCAGCGAUGAGGAGAAGGAGCAACGGCGCAUUGCUGCUGUUGCAGCUGGAGUUGGAACAAUUCUUGGAGGAUUGCUUGUCGCAUUCUGUUCGAGAUAGCCUCCGCAAUAGCAUAGAAAGUCAAGGUCUGCUGAA